AUAAAAAGAAACGAUUUCAUAAAGAUUCUAGUCAAGAAGAAUACAGAAAUAGCGAAAAUGAUCCGGAAAAUGGCCACGAAACUGUUACAGGACUCACCCUAUCGCCGAGCAGCUACAACUUUUUAAUGCAGAAUGACGAAAAAAAGGAUACGAAUGUGCAAGACUCACAUGGACGUACAAAAACGAAACCUGAUAAAUCAUCGUUACAAAAAUUGCUGGAAUUUAUUCAUCAAGCAAUUGAGAAAAAAGAUACCCAGCAGUUUUUCGCUUGGCCUGUUACUGAUCAGAUAGCGCCUGGUUAUUCCUUAGUGAUCAGUCAACCCAUGGAUUUGAACUCAAUGAAACGUAAUAUCGAAAACGGUAGUUACAAGUCUUUGACCCAAUACAUAGACGAUUUGCAAUUGAUGUGUAGAAAUGCAAUGGUAUACAAUCGACCAGAAACCGUAUAUUAUAAAGCGGCCAAAAAAUUAUUACAUGCUGGCUUAAAAAUGACGAGCCUGGAUAAGCUGCGAGCUACUCCACCUUUGUUACCUUUGUUAAAUUCUUUAACAUCGGAAGAAUUAGGAUUUGAUGUAGAUUCUUCAGCUGCACCAUCGGAAGAUGAAGAAGAUAUCAAACCUCAUAUUAAAUCGGAGGAUAGUUCAUCAGCUCCUGAAAAAUUCAAGAAUGAUGUAAAUAAUGAUGAUUCUAGGCUUGAUGCCACAUCUGGGAAGCAGACUACCAGCAGUACCCAGUCAAAAUUUGAAUCAAUGACUCAAGAUUAUUCUCCGGAUGAAAUUUUAGCUCAAGCUAAAAACGCAGCGAAACUGGCUGCUGAGAAAUUGGCGAAGAAGAAACCCUCGAUGGAGAUGGGCUUUCUACGGCAAAAAGAGGAUGGUACCACCACUCUUGCAAUUAUUGUUCCAAAUGAUGGCAUUGAUAAAAAAACGAGAGAACGACCAGUUUUACUAGGGUCUCUAAUUGGAAAAUUAAGUCACGGCUCUGGUAGCGUUCAAGGCUUCAGAGAGGAUAAAAGGAAUUUUGUGAAAACAGUGAAACCGUUAUACUACGGCGCAUUUGGUUCUUAUGCACCAUCUUACGAUUCCACAUUUGCAAAUUUAACUAAAGAAGAAUCUCAAUUACUUUUCCAAACGUACGGUGAUGAAUCAGCCGUACAGUACGCUGAAAGCGUGUUGAAUUUUUCCAGAGAUAGUGAUUAUGUCACUACGAUGGUCGAUAAUUUAUUAGAUAUAAUGACCGGCGGUGACCAUCGUAAAACCAAAAAAAUUUUAGAAGAGAAAAAAAAGUUGAGGGAAGAAGAAGAGCAGUUAUUAAAGAAAUCUCCAUCAACGGUAACCUCGGUGGCUAAUGUUGUGCCAUCAACCAACAACGUUAAUAGUAUUACAGCCCAACCAGUAGGUAAUCAGAUCAAAUCUGCGACUGUAUCGCCGGUUACUGCUGCUCCAACAAAAUCCGUAAUAGAAGAUACCAAAGUAGAAAUAAAUCAAUUGAAAUCACUCUCAGAAUAUGGAAUCGAUACUAGUUUCUUGGAAUAUUAUGAAGGCACAUGUAAAGAAGAACAGAAAAUUUCUGAUAAGCUGGAACAAACACGUUCUUUACUUGAACGAUUGCAUCAAACACAAUUCGAAAGGUUGAGUGCUCCAUUACCUCAGCAUUUGUCUCAAGUCAGUCCCCCCAAUGAAUCUGAGCAUCUAUUAGCUGAUAAGGUUACCGAAAAUUUAACCAACAUCAUUAAAAAAGUUCCUCCUGGUAUCGUUGCUCCUGUGACAGGAGUUCGAAAAGCCAUGGGUAUUGCUCCGGUACCACCGCAACAAGUUGCUAAUAAUACGUUUUCCUCAUCUUAUAAUUAUCAGAUAAAUAAUUCUGAAGAUCCAUGCGUGAACUCGAACACAAAUAAUUUAUUCAUCAAUCAAAAUUUAAACUCUGGAAUUCGAAAUAAUGCCAAUGAUGAUGAAAAUAUAUCUACCAACGUGAAUUCAGCCAGUGGUGUUGCCGGUUUUGAUUUAGAAUCAGAAUUGCGCGAAUUCUUAGAAAGUGAUUCUGCAUUGAGCAGUUUUCAUUUACCCGAUGAUGUUGACGAUACUGAUAAAACGAUUGAACAGAUGUUAUCUGCUCAUUCUUGAACAUUUUUUGAUUGUUUUGAGUUUUAUGCAUUUCAUUCUGCGACUUUUUAAUUUCAAUUUUCACUCCUUGUGUCUUAUUCUUUGAAUUUGUGUGGUAUUGUAUUAUAUGUGUAGUAACUGUACUUGAAUGAAUUUAAUUUUAAUAUUUUUUUAUUUGUAACUGGUUUCUUUGGAUCAACUAUGUUGUCUAAAUUAUAGGCCUAAAUUUUAUGAUGA